AUGAAAACGAGAUCAUGGCGACAUAAGUCCUACAGUCACUUCCUGUGUGCCUUAGCUGUGUUUGACAGCCUCACUCUGAUCAACAGGGAGAUCCUUCUUGUUCAUGAACUCCGGGUGUACGCAGGGGAUUCAGGACUGUACGCCGGAUUCUCUGACAUAGCGUGCAGCAUCCACAACUUCUAUGAACACAUGUGCUACUUGAUGUCUUCGUGGCUUAUUGUGUGUAUGGCGAUGGAGAGAGUUGUAGCGGUCUACUUUCCCUUGCGGAAGGCUUUUCUGUGUACGCAGCAUGGCGCACUGAUCGUUAUCCUGGCUCUUGUAAUGCUUCUGACAUAUACUCAAGUGUUCCGAUUUUUCAUGGUGGGCAAGAUAGACGACAAGUGCGUGGCCUUCAACGACUACCUCACCGUGUACACAUCCCUGCAUGUCUACCUCUACCAGUUCACGCUCAUCUUCAUCCUCCCAGUCGUCAUAGUGCUUACGUGCAACAUCCUUGUGCUUUAUCGGAUAUAUCGUGUGAAGAAACUCCGACGUCCAGAAGACUACGCUCUCCCGAGGUCAAGACGAAACGUUGCUAAAACGCACAAAACGACGUUAAUGCUGGUCACGAUAUCGUUUGUUUACGUUGUGACCUUGUUUCCAUCCGUCAUCGUCUCGGUUAUCGUCCACGUUGCCAUAGCAACCAGAUAUAGAGGAAUGCGGCAAUUAUUUCAUAGACUCUACCCAUUCAUGGACAUCUUCGAGUUAUGCUCAGACAUCAAUUAUUGCUCAAAUUUCUUCAUAUAUAUUUUGUCAGGGAAGGUUUUCAGAUUUGAACUGAGGCGAAUAUUUGCUUGGGAGAAAAGCACUGCAGUGACAACGACGAAGGUCAAGGACGAUUUUGCUCUGGUUUGAAAUUCCAAUAUGGCUACAUGUUAACUGUUUUGGUGUGUCCCGAAUCUGUGGAAUACAAAGGACCGUAUUCUUGCCUUCCAGUUCGGAUUUGUCGAUAUUGGAAAUGAUGUUUCAUAUCACAGUCAUUGUCAAAUUUCGUGAAAAUUAACAGUUUAUAUU